GAACAACAUGGCCUUGACUUGCGUACGGAAAUGUCCCCAUCAUCCAACAUCCAGCCCUUCAUCCUUAACUAGAAUCUGCUGCCGCCGCGAUCUUCCCCCUGAGGUCAUUACUAGUCCCCUAGUCAACAGACCAGUGACUCAACAUUCCACAAAAGCAAACUAAGACAGAUAUUUCCGGGGACACCAUUUCAAUCGACUAAAAUGGCCCAAGGGGCCCUCUCACCGUCCUCGGCGGACGCUAUCCCUCAGACAUCCACCACCUCAAGCAUCGCCAGCACCGACAUGGAGAAGGAACAGGCACAGAUCCCACAGUCACGUUCAUCCUCUGACGCAUACCACCAUGUCGACGUCGACGUCAAGGAGGAAAAGGCUGGCAAUCAAGAGCCAUCAGAACCCGCCGGGGACCUAGUCCACACCCUGUCGAGAGUGGCCACGGCGGCGUCCGAACUGCGGCGUCAAGAGACCCGCCAGGACGGCUCAGAAUACCCGGGCGGCGCCAAGCUGGCCCUGAUCACCGUCGCCUUGUGUCUCGCCGUCUUUCUCAUGGCCCUGGACAACUCCAUCAUCGCCACGGCCAUCCCAAAGAUCACAGACGAGUUCCACAGCCUGGACGCCGUCGGCUGGUACGGCUCUGCCUACCUUCUGACCACGGCCGCCCUGCAGCUCCUGUUCGGCAAGUUCUACUCGUACCUCAACAUCAAAUGGGUCUUCCUGAGCGCCAUCGGCCUCUUCGAGCUGGGCUCCUUGAUCUGCGGCGUUGCGCCCAACAGCACGGCCCUGAUCAUCGGCCGGGCCAUCGCCGGCGCAGGCUCGGCAGGAAUCCUGUCCGGGGCCCUGAUCAUCCUGGCAUUCACCGUGCCCCUGCGGAGCCGCCCGGCCUAUUCCGGCGGCAUCACCUCCAUGUACGGUAUCGCCUCGGUCGCAGGACCCCUCCUGGGAGGCGCAUUCACCGACAAGGCCACGUGGAGGUGGUGCUUCUACAUCAACCUCCCCAUCGGAGCCAUCACCGUCUUGGUAGUCGCCUUCUUCUUCCAGCCGCCCAAGGGCGCCUCGUCGUCAUCCGGAGCAGGCGCAGCAGCGAACAAGAACAAGACCCGGCGGGAGAUCCUGAACGAGUUCGAUCCGAUCGGGACCAUCGUGUUCAUGCCCGCCAUCGUGUGCCUGCUCCUCGCCCUGCAGUGGGGCGGUACCACGUACGCCUGGGGCAACGGGCGCAUCAUCGCCCUGUUUGUCGUCUUCGGCGUGCUGAUUUCCGCGUUCCUCUUCAUCCAGUGGAGGCAGCAGGAGAACGCUACUGUUCCACCGCGGGUCGUAAAGAUGCGAAGCGUCUGGUCCGGCGCCCUGUUCGCGGCUGCCACCGGAGCCGCGUUCUUCUCGGGCAUCUACUUUCUCCCGCUCUGGUUUCAGGCAGUCAAGGGGUCCAGCGCAGUCAACAGUGGCAUCAUGAACCUGCCCAUGCUGAUCUCGGUUGUCCUCUUUAGUCUCACUGCAGGCAUUGUGGUCUCGUUGGUGGGGUAUUACACCCCGUUCAUGCUGUUAAGCACCGUGCUUAUGAGCAUUGGGUAUGGGCUUGUCUCGACCUUCCAGCCGGACACUGGCGCCGGUGUCUGGAUCGGCUAUCAGAUCCUUGCUGGAGCCGGCGUUGGAUUUGGCAUGCAGCAGCCCCUUAUGGCUGUGCAGGCAGUCUUGAGCGACAAGGACCUUCCCACCGGCACAGCCGUCGUUGUGUUCACACAGACGCUCGGAGGUAGUCUUUUUGUCUCCGUGUCGCAAAACGUCUUCAGCAACAAACUCGUUGAGUAUGUUGGCGAAUAUGCCCCCGGUCUCGAUCCUUCUGUGGUCCUCGCUGCCGGCGCCACAAGCAUACAAAAGGUCAUUCCGUCUGAGUUUCUGGACGGUGUCACGCUCGCUUAUAACGACGCGCUGAUGCAGACAUUCCUAGUCAGUGCUGCGCUGGCGGCGUUUUCGAUAGUAGGGAGUGCAUUCAUGGAGUGGAGAAGCGUGAAGGGCAAGAAGGUAGACAUGGCGGUGGCCUAAUUAUAGACAGUAAGGAUUGUUUUGAAGGUGAAUAUUCUGUAUUAUACGGGCGUUGGUCGUGCUUUUAUAUAGAGAGGCUUGUACUAAGCCAGAGACACCCGACUGAGUAUCAACAGGCUCAGAUAAUUAAUGAAUGAUUUCGAUA